ACAUCUGAACCAAAUGAGUUUGACAUCAUGCUUGUAAUGCCUGUUUCAAGACUUCAGCUGGACGAAAGUGAUGACAGUGGAGCCUAUUAUUAUCUAACAUUCAAAAGAAAUCCAAAAGAAAAGAAUUUGCUUGAGUUUUUAGAUGAAGAUGGAAAAUUAUCAGCCUUUAAAAUGCUUCAAGCACUAAGAGAAAUUAUUAAACGAGAAGUAAAAAACAUUAAACAUGCGGAAGUAACUGUGAAAAGGAGAAAGGCUGGAAGCCCUGCAAUAACUCUUGAGAUCAAACAUUCUACAACACAAAUAUCAGUGGACAUCAUCUUGACUUUGGAAGUUCAGCAGAGCUGGCCACCCAGCACACAGGAUGGCCUCAAAAUUGAACAGUGGCUGGGAACAAAAGUCAGGAGAGAUUUCAGAAAUAAAUCAAUUUAUUUAGUAGCCAAACAAAACAAAGAAGAAAAGGUUCUAAGAGGAAACACCUGGCGACUCUCUUUCUCACACAUUGAGAAGGCCAUGAUCAACAACCACGGCCAGUCAAAGACAUGUUGUGAAUCUGAUGGACCAAAGUGCUGUAGGAAAGCUUGUCUUAAGCUUCUGAAGUAUCUUCUAGAGCGACUUAAAAUGGAACAUACAAAAGAGUUGGAAAAAAUCUGUUCAUACCAUGUCAAAACUGCUUUUUUCCACUCAUGUGCCAUGUGGCCAAAUGACACAGACUGGCAUUUGGGAGACCUGGAUCAUUGCUUUCAGAAAUACCUGAGCUAUUUUCUGGAUUGCCUGCAAACGUCUGAGCUGCCACACUUUUUUAUUCCCAAAUACAACUUGCUCAGCCAGCAAGAUAAAGCAAGCAGUAAUUUCCUUUCAAGAAAAAUAAACUAUCAAUUGAACAACAGAUUCCCGAUAUUUCAGGAGAGCGAUUAUAAACAAUGUCUUUAG